UUCUGAUUGGGCCUGAUGGGUCCAUCUUGCCCGCUUGGGAUUGCCCGCUUUCAUCCCGAAGAAAACAAAUUGUUAUGCAUGUUGGCAGAAUUUUACCCCAGUUUUACAAUUGCCGUGCAAAAUGCCAUCAUUCUGACAUGCGUAGUAAGUGCGAAGGAGAAGCGACACCUGCCAUGCAGCAUUAGUAGUUCCCCUCAGAGUGGCUUUUGCAAAAGUUCUGGCUCAAAAGGGAAAACAUUUGUUUGGAUUAAACGUUCUCAGCUUCCACCAUCCAAGAGUCAAUUUGAGUCCGCGGGAUAGUUCGCGAGAAGACGUCUGGUCUGAGACAUUUAAUGAUUUUUUUCCGAGUAUUUUAAAAAGUAGGCAGAUGGCGGAUUGAUCCACAAACUAGACCUGGGGGCGGCGAUAUAUUUUAGCAAAGAAUAAACAGGUAUUAAUUUACUACAAUGCGUACGUGAUGCCCUCAAGUCACUCAGAUAACUUCAAGUUCAUUUGAAAGAAAAGAAUAUUUAUCGUACUCAAAUAUGGAAUGCUUUUUGAUAGCCUGAACUGGUGGUAAAGUUACACAAUAUAUUUCAUUCAACGACGAUUCAAUAUAGCAGACAUCAGAGCUGAAAUCAAGACUGAAAACUCUUCACAAACUUCCUGUAGCUGAAGAGGAAAUAUUAAAGACUUCUGGCUUAAAACGGGAUGCUUUCAAACACUCGGUGGUAAAGUGACUCAUCUUAGAUUACUUACAACAGGGACCCUACAACUAGGAAUUCAACGGCAAACAAUUCCGAAACAAACAAGCUCCAAAUUUUCCUGAGAACUCAUGAUAAGUGACCAUAUUUUUAAGACCUUUUGCAAAUAGAAGAGGUAAAAAGAUGAGUGCUACUCCAGAGCCUGAAAAGAAAAUCAAUAAUACAUUUGCCGAAACAGAGCCAGAAUCCUUCAAUAAUGUUCCGACAGCUGAAGGAAUAGCUGAACCUCUACCAGAAUGGUCGAAGGCGAUCGAUGAAUGGGGAAUUAUAUGGGAUUUUCACCAGUAUGGCUUAGGUGCAAUAUUUGCCUUCGUUUUCUUCUUGAUUGUAUUUUCCCUAUGGAAGCGAUUCAAAGGAGCUCGAAUCCUCAAACAAAACAGGGUACCCAUUGUUGUUUUGAGUCUUCUCGGGUUGUUUUGCGUCACGAGAAGUUUGUUCCUCUGCAUGGAUGCGUAUCACUGGCGGAAAACUGCACCAUAUUAUGUGAUCAACGUUCUUUGGGGUAUCGGACAGCCUUGCAUCAUAACUGCUUACACCCUGAUGUUUAUAGUGUUAAGGAACGCGUUAAUACUCAAGCAACGGUUUCAAAAAUGGUACAACACAAAAAACAUUGCCUUAGCAACGCUGCCAUAUUUUUUCUUCGCGUUUGGGGCAGAACUUGCAAUUUUUUUCGUGCCCAAGUUCAAAGGCCUCAUCUUUGCUUGCCAGGUUUUGUACAUUUUAUUUGGUUUUUCCCUUACGGGGUUUUACUUUAUGAUAUCGAUUUUAAUCUGGAAAAAAUUCAAACUGAUUGACUCAACCAAGCGUUGGGCUACGGAGCCAGCGGAAAGUCAUGGAUCGCGCACGCGUGCAAUUCUCCGCACGUGUCUCGCAGCGGUCUUGGGCGGCGCUUUGAUUUGCGUUAUGCAAGUCUACGCAAUGGCGGGCGUCUAUGGCGUUUUUUCCGAUGCGCGCUUCGUUUCUGCGGGGCCGUGGUUGGCGUUUCAAACAAUGUUUCGUCUUGUGGAGAUUUACAUGGCAGUUGUGCUGUUUUACGCCGUCAGUGCAAAGAGCGUUGCAAAGAAAGGUGAAAUGACACCGACCACGAUUGUGUCUGCGGAGAUUCCUGAGAAUGUUAACGCUGUCGAAUUGCAAAAUGUUUGACUAGCAAAUGAUUUUCCUUGCUGAGAAACAGGAAAACUAAUGCUCAAAUUUACUACCGAUGAACUCAAUGGUCGUUUUAGAAAGAGGGAAAAGCUAAUUUUGUUAUAAACUCAUGUAAUUGUGUUGCUAGACUAAGGACGUUUGGGCACAAAAACUAGGGGUGGGUUUAACUUGUGAAACAAAGAUAUCAAGUAAUGCAUCAAACCUAUGUGCCCCGUAUAAAUUUCAAUCUGAAAACACUAAAAUGAUCAAUUUUCAGUCCAUCUUGUGUGAUGGAUAAUGAUUUCUGUCCUAACCAAGUACAAUGAAACUAGUGGUUGAAGCACUUACCCGCUAGACUUGGGCAGUAAAAAAAUUUAUCUGGAUUAGAUUGGAUUUUUUUUAAAAAUAAUUCAUUGGGCGUAAUGUUGACAAGGCCCUAAGUGGCUGAAAAUAUUUUCACGAAGUUAAUUAAGACAAGGUUUUAAAAUACUUGUUUAUGACAUAUUUUCACUAGUAUUAGUUUGCUUUUGAAGAAGCAUUACUUAACAAUUACCUGGACUGUAACCUUUGAGGAUAAAUAAUAAAAGUCCUUUGUUUAUACUGGCUUUCGAAAACAAAUAUUUUCAUCCUAGAUAUAAGCGGUAGACCCUGAUCAGUGUUAGUUCCUACGAAAUAAAAGAACUUAUUACAGUCGUGUGUUGCGAAAAAACCACUUGGAUCCCAAAAACAAAACUGAACAACAUAACAUGGAAAGAAUAAAGACAAAUAACAGUGACAACGUGAAAAGAGGAAACGAACGAAAAAAGAAAAAUCCAGCAAUAUUUGUAUUGCAGAGGAACAAUCGCUCAGUAGCAUGUUACAACUGGUUACGCAAGCGGAAAUCCAGGCUUGGGAUUCAAAGCGAACAGAGCUGCUAAUUGAUUCAUGCUCUGCAACUCAUUUGUCAUCUAAAACUGAAGAAAGCCCAAGGAACUGGACAACGGUCUAUCGAACUAAAUGCCGAUCGCGGACAAAACCUUGAACACAAUUUGUAACAGGCGAAAGAUAAUUUUAUUCUUCCAAAUAUUACCAC